GAAAUUGUAAACAAUCUGAAUUUUAAGACGGCUGACGGAGAGCAGAAAGGCCUGGAAUGUUGACAUAUCUUUGCUUCCCUUGUUUGAUAAUACGUGUUAGUUUAUCACUUACUUCUGCAAUUAAUGGAGCCGCUGUUUGAGCUAAUUGAGAUCUGAGGAUGCUGCUGCGACUAUAAGAAGCUUGUCUGGAAAUGUACAACUGUGACUGCAUCUGAUAUUCUGACUGAGCAGUUGAAAUGUCUGCCACACAUUACUCAUUUUCCAGUGUAGAAAAUUCAUCCAGGUGGAGAUUCCCAUGGCAGAGGAAAAGCAACUUUACUCCAGAGUGACAGAAGGAAGAUGUGAGAUGGGGAAAACCAGGAAUGCGAGGAAUGCGAGAAGGAGGAGAAUGCAAACAAUGAGUGCCUUUUGAAGGAGCGAGUAGCAGUGUUGGAAAGUGUGCAGAUGGUGAUAGCAGGAGAUAUAUAAGUGAGAGGAGGACAAGGAAAGAAGCUGUGUGGGAAUCGUACUCAAAACCAGGUAUCAAGAGAGAAAAUGGAAUCUCUGAGAGGAGUGAAAAGGUUGGAAAAUCCCCUCGAGGAGAGGGAAAGGAGCGAGGAGUUUGAUCAGUGCUUUCUGUGUAAAGGGACUGUGACUAGUGGGGAUGGAGUCUGCAUCGGGGUCGACUUUGAACUUCCUCUGAGUGGGCUGGAUCUUGUGUCACUCUUGCGAUGUUACAGUGUCUCUCUCUCAUUGCAGGAUACUUUGCAGUUACACAAAAAAACUGACCUCUGUAAGGAUUGCCAUGAGUUAGUGAUGAAAGGAGAUUCUGCAUAUAGUCAUGUAUAUUCUUUGGCCUCUAAAAUGAGUAGAUUAUGGCCAGGAAGGAUGUCAGAGUGUGUUAAUUUCUCUUUAAAUCUUAAUGAUUCUCAGAAACUUAGUUAUCAUUGUAAUUAUUGUGAGGAAAAGUUUCAAAAUGAAUGUGAGUGGCAUUUUCAUAUGAAAAUUGUCCAUAAAAUGAAUGCGGAUUUCCAAGAAUUGACAUCCAGUGAUGGAGAAAAGAAAAAUAGUGAAUCACUUAAAACAUCCGUCUGUAAAUCUAACAAUAACUUCACUUGCACUGCAUGUUGUCAAAGCUUUAAAGAUCAGGGGACCUUCCUUACACACCUUUUAAGUUAUCACAAGACCAAUAGAGAUAUCACUUCAACAGUUUCUGCAUCUGAAGCAAUGUCUAGAUUAGGAGUGAAUAGUUCACUAGAUAUAGACAGCAAAGUAGGUUCUGAAAUUCAUCACAAGAAAGCAUUCAGUUUGAAAAUUGAUCCUAAGAGUCAGGAGAAAAAUAUACCAAAGUAUCCACCAACUCUUAGACAUGUUUUCUGGGCCAAACAUGAAUUAAUGCUACAGAAUAAGGAAGAUGAAUUGAUGUUAUCGCAUAUACAAGAUAAUGUAAAUAAUAGGGGUAAUGUAUAUGGAAAUAAUGAACAAGCAAGUGAGAAUGUGACAGAACAUAGUGCUGGUAUUUUUAGAGAGAAUGUUAUUAAUAAAAAGGUACACAUGCAGGUAAUUCAAAAAAAUAGGGUAAAUUGUGAAGGAAGCAGACAAUCAAAAGAAGUGGAUUUAAGAAGGGGAGUAACCAUCAAUUUGAAGUCCAAAGGGAGGGUGAGAACAAGCAGAAAACUUUUGACAUACGGGUUGACCAAGAAGAAAAGUGAGACAGUUUUACAACAAGACCAUAAGAGAAAUUUAAAAAAGAUACAGGACCAAUAUGAUUAUGAUAAACAACCAAAGAGAUUCACCAAGACCCUCGUUCAGAAAUACAAGGGAAAGAACCUAGACAAUUUUAAAAUACAGCAAUGUAAUUAUCACACAAAACAGAAAUACCCUGAGACACUGGAUCUUUUUAGAGGAGCAUUAAGCCCUCAGAUCAAAGAAGAAAAUGACCUGUUACCGCUUCAGGAUGAAGAGACACGUUCAGCAUGUGGAGAUGAAGGCAUGACAGAAGCGGAUAUCCUGGAAGGAGAUUCGGAAACAAAUGUGGACAUGUCAGAGGGAGGCGGAUGUGCUGUUGUGGAUAUAUACAAUGGACCUGUGAAUCUAUGUGAUGUGAGUGAUGACUUCCGGUGUAUCAUUAUCAACGGGUAAUGUGAUAUGUGUGUGUUUUGGUUUCAUUGCAAUAUUUUGUAGUGGAAAAUAAUGUCUUCUAAAUAAAAAUAGUGCUAUGUGACCUUAGAUGUCUAGCACAUUUAUUUGUUUCAACCAUUAACCAUUAAAACAAAUCAUAUUUUAUAAUUCAUGCAUUCUUUUUAUAGCAUAUAUAUAUAUUUUUAUCGUGGAAGAUUUAUAGAUAACCAAUACUUAUGUAAAAG